AUGAGUGUUCAAAAGAUCAAGAAGGCUAGCGGUGAACCCGAUGAAUUCGAGAAGUCUGUUGCCAACGAGCUUCUCAACCUUGAGAUGACCUCCACAGAGUUGAAGGCUUCUCUUCGCACCAUCUACAUCACAGCCGCCAAGGAGGUUGACUGUGGAGAUGGACGCAAGGCCAUCAUCCUGUACGUCCCAUUCAAACUGUUGAAAUCCGUCAACAAGAUCCACCAAAGACUUGUCCGUGAAUUGGAAAAGAAAUUCUCUGGACGUCACGUCUUGAUUGUUGGACAACGUACCAUCUUGGGCAAGUCUUUCAACCGUAACCAAAAAACCAGUGGACCCCGCCCACGAUCCCGCACAUUGACUGCCGUCCAAGACGCCAUCUUGGAGGACAUCUGCUAUCCUACUGAGAUCGUUGGAAAGCGCACCCGAGUAAAGCUUGACGGAAAGAGAAUUAUGAAGGUGUACCUUGACUCCAAGGACCAAGCAAAUGUUGAGGGACGCACUGAUACUUUUGCUGCUGUCUACGGAAAGCUCACAAACAAGCAAGUUACUUUCGAAUUCCAGUAA